AUUUAUGAAAAUACCUUCAUAAAUAUUUGUGGAAUUUUCUAGAUUAUAUUAUGAAAAAAGGGCAAGUGGAAGCUAGAAUGUAUAGUUAUUUUCUCAGACUAUAAAUAUCCAUCCGAUUAUCCUCACUACUGAAAAACCCUUUUGUAGCUAUGGGUAUUUUUUCAUGGUUUAAAGGCGACAAAAAAGAAACCCCCAAAACCACCCAGAAACCCGACCCGAAAACCCAAAUCUCUUCUUCCUCCAACAACCCGGAAGUUCCGGGCAUGAACGGAGCUGUUGAAGUGACCCGAUCCGCAAACCCGCCACCACCACCGCCGUCGGACAUAACCGUAUUCGAAUUCGGUUCGGUUGCUGCUUCUGUUGAUAAGGUUACACUUGCCGGAUAUUGUCCUGUUUCCGAUGAACUUGAGCCUUGCCGUUGGGAGGUUUUGCCCGCCACUGGCUCUGACGCUCCUCAAUUUCGCGUCGUUUUCUGAUUUUGGGGUAAGGGAAGAGAGGUUGUAAUUUUGAGUUAAAAAAAAAGGGCUUUUUGGAUGAAUUUGGGUGUACUUUUAUUGAAUAUGGCGUAAUGAAAAAACCCUAAUUUUGUUGGUUAA